AAGUGUGAACCAGCUGUGAUGGACACUAGUGAUGAGAUGCCCUCAACUGAGGCCAAAUAUACACAUCAGGACAAUAAACAGAGACACAAAGAUCGUCUGAAGCAAGUUCUGGAUUCACUAGGCCUUGGUCGGAUUGCAGAGCUGGAGAAAUUGUCAGAAGAACCUCUGACUGAUGCUCAAAUAAAGGCAUUCAAGGUGAUGUUCGAGCUGUUCUCCACUCACUCUAAGGGUCGUAUUGAUGCUAAGAGUCUCUCUGCUCUCAUGAAUGAUCUGCACAUGAAGGUCAACCUUCAACUGCUGCAGGAGACACUUCACCAUGCGGACUUUGAUGGUGAUGGAUGUGUGGGUUUCCAGGAUUUCCUCUCAGUGAUGACAGAUUGUCAGAUGUUCUCCAGGUGUCUGAAAGAUCAUGAGCCAGAUCACCUUAUUGAGGUAUCAUGCACUUUGUUCUAUGAUAUCCUGAAUAAAGUCAUGGAGGCAGCACUCAUUCCCAGUGCUACAACUGGACAACUUGUCAGGUAUUACCACAAAAAGUCUCUCUACCAUGUUUGGAGAUCUGCUCCAGCAGAGCAUCAUCAGAAUCAUGUGAUCACCUACUAUGAUAAAGCAGCUCAACUGGUGGGCUUGAAGCCCAAACAACUGAUGAAAUACAUCCAGCCACAAGUCCAGAGAAAGAGCCCGUACUCUGUAAUGCCCUGUCUGACUGUAAGAGAUAAGAAAAGCUCUGAAAAGCCUUUUCCUGCUGAGCAGCUGGACAGUAUUUCUGCUCAGGGUAGUAGCAGACCGGUUACUCUGAAAGGAAAAGCACAAGAGCUCUUAUGGAGACACUGGGGGGCUGAGACCAAAGCGCUGAUCACACCUGUGCAGAUCAGUGUUGAUCUGAAUGGAAAAGACCUGACCAAACUCACAUAUGACGACAUCGGAUGCAUUCGUCGCAAGGUUAGGGAGGGUACGGAUUCAUAUCUGUCCUCUCUGACGGAGCUCAAGCAGCAUGACAUGUGGGUCUUAUGGAGAUCUCUGGAGAAAUCCUAUGAUUUGCAAGAUGACAAAGCAUUUCAGCAGACCUUCUCCACUUACAGCUGGAGCUGGAGUGCCGGUAGGAACUUAAUACAGACUGAAGAACUGGAGAGGAGUGAGGAAACCCUACAUUGA